AUGAGAUUAGCUCGUCAUGGUAUCAGAAAUCGACCAUUUUAUCAUAUAGUUGUGGCAAAUGCAAAAUCUCCUAGAGAUGGAAAACAUAUAGAACAAGUUGGAAUUUAUGAUCCUAUUCCAGAUGCUAAUGGCGUUAAACAUAUAGAAUGGAAAGAGAAUAGAAUUAAAUAUUGGUUAACCGUUGGAGCUCAACCUAGUUUUAACCACAUUUAUUGUAUAAACCUUCCUUCUCGAUCUGACAGACGAGAAAAAGUUACUACAAUUGCAAAAUAUCAUAACUUGGAUAUUGAUUUUAUUGAAGCAAUUAACAAAGAUGAUGCAAAAACUCUCAAACACUACUUAUCGGAUCUAGCACCACCGCACAAAACAUGUUACGCCAGUCAUUAUAAAACUUAUGAAUUAGUUGUAUCAAAUAAUUAUCAAAGUGCAUUAAUUUUAGAAGAUGAUGUAGACUUUGAAGUUAAUAUCAAAGAUUUUUUAAAUGCAGUCCAACCAUUUUUACCAAAUAAUUGGGAAAUGUUUUAUUUAGGAAAUUGUGCUUGGGAUACAUCAGAUAUAAUUUAUUAUAAUGGAGCAGAUCAUGGAUCCGACCUUAUACUUUCUAAAUCUCUUCGUCCUGCUUGUUCUCAUGCAUAUGCUGUUUCUUUAAGGGGUGCAAAAAAGUUAUUGGAAAUACUUGUAAAUGUAUCAAAACCUGUUGAUGUAGCAUUAAUUGAUUUGAUGCUUGCGGAUAAAAUAUUUUCACUUUCUUUAUCACCUUCAAUUAUCAAUCAAUGGAAAUCUAAAGAUGAUCCAUCCAACAUUUCUUCCGGUUCUCAAGAUGAACCUCAUAAAUUAAAAAAUUCCACUUUAGAAUUAUUUG